CAGCAGCACCCACCUCGGCCACCCACCUCGGUUUUCUAGACACGUUCCACCAGGUUCAUUGCAUGAACAUGCUUUGCUAUUGCAUCGACCGAAAAAAAUGAUCGAUCGCUAUCAGGGUAGAGCUUUGGAUUCUGGUCCGAGAAUACUUAAAUAAGAGUUAUCCAAGUCACUGUAUGUGGAUCUUGUUACAACAUAUCAUGGGCCACGUGGACUGGUAUUGCGUAUUUCUGGCGUGAGGGCAAUCCCAUGGAGUGACGGGCAUUCGAACAACCAAAAAAUGCGCGAAUUAUUACACUGGGAUGGACUGUGGAAACAAAACAGAUAUGAAGAGUUUGUUUCACGAGAUUUAAUUGUUAAAAUAUUACCAGACGUGGUCUUGUUGCUGCCAAUUGAAGCAACCAUGGUUGGGUUACUUUUGGCUGGACAAGUUCGGGGACGGUGAAUAGUACAAAGAUUUGUGUAUAAAAAGACACAGUCGGCGAGGAAGAAGACUGAG